CAGCUGUCUUGGCUGUGUUCUUGUGCCGGUCGACCAAAGACUCGCUCGCUCGUGUCUCUUGGGUCCUCCCCUCUUUUCUUUCCCACCUUCCACACUACAUCGGUUUUGACUAGAAGUUACACCCACAACACUGAACAGAUCCAUACAACCCGUAUACCCCUCUAUAGCCAUGGCAGCCGCCGCCGUAGUGCCCUCUACCUCCACCCUCGACCUCACCUCCUCCACCUCCGUGCCCAUCCGCCUGGGCGCGAGCAUCCUCAAAUCCAGCGAAGACAAGCGCCUCACCAGCAUAAAAUACAACUACAAACCCCGGGUCGAAGAUGGGAAGAAGGUGGAAAGCAGUUUCCAGCCCCGAGACGACUCGUCCUUCGUUCUGAAGCUAAAGAACGGCGAGCAAGAAUACCGUUACCGCAGCAGCAAGCGCGCCCGAACAAGUCAGCAUGAUCGGUAUGUCUUGCUUGCGCAGGGGAAGGGGAAAGAUCGGGAGGUGGUGCUGGAGAAGUUGGAUGCGUGUUUUGAUUUCAAUUUGCUGCGGCUGCCCGAUGGGAAGAACGUGUGGGAGCUCGAAGACGAGUAUCCGCAUAUUCCUGUUGAUGGGGGUGCCGGGAAGACUUUGGCUGCUGAGGCGACGCAGCAUUCUGAGGCUGGACCGCCGGAAGCGGGGAACCCGUUCGAUUACCGGCAUUACAUGGGGGAGGGUGCUAUGCUUGCGGCACAGAGCGAUACAAAAGGGAUCCGCGCAGAACGGGGCGCAUCACCUCCACGAGCUCGAGCAGGGCCUGCCACUUCGCGAUCUGAGCCGCCAAAGCAUCCGGAUGCAGCAGACAAGAAACGCAAGGCACAGGAGCCCGUCAAGAGCGACCCCAAACGAGCCAAAGCCAGCGGCGAGCCAGCGCCAUCCGCCACCAAAUCCAAAGCUCCCAUCCCGCGAGUCAAACUAGACCGCAAAGCUUCGCUGCAAGUCCCUCCCUACGAGGACUCGGGAGAACUGGUCGUAGAUGACGAAACGCCCGUAACGGAAAAACCGCGCAGCGCCAUGGCACUUGCGUUCUCAGGCCAGCUGGGACAGGGGCCUAUAAGUCUGCACUCGGCUGCUGCGAGUCCAUUGAUGAGCAGCAGGGUCGCGUCGCCUGCGGUGCCGCGGCCUGGGCGAUAUCUGGAGGACGAGGAGAUGGAGCUGGGAGAGGAGAGUGGUGAUGAGGAGGAGGAGGCGGAUGCGGAUGUGGAAGGGUUGGAAUUGCCUUCGCCUGCUCAGGCGCAUCGGCCGGGGGAGGAGGAUGGGGAGCAUGUGAUUGGUGAUGAAGAGGAGGAUGAUGAUUUCACUAAGCAGCUUUCCCUCGCGCUGCAGGACCCUGGUGAGCCGGAUGUGGUGACGGGGAAUGUGCAAGAUGAAAGCGAGGAGAGCGAGGAGGAGUGAGGGAAGGAGCAGAGGGGAUGAGAUGGGCCUUUGAUGCCUCUGUCUAUACACGAAGCUUGGACGAAUCUAGUCUUGCAUGUGUCCUGGCCUCACGAGUGUCAAGCGUCUCAACAAUCGAUUCAAAUUACGAUGUCGUAGAA